UCGCAUCACCUGCCUAUUGACAAGACCCUGUGGAAUGACGUACACACGCGGGUGGGCUGGGCUCACAUGCUUCCCGCAGUUCCAUCACGUCGCGUCUGCGGUGCCCUCCAACCUCCAACAAGUAAUCACAGACGACAAACAAACGGCCAAUCAGUCCUGGUGCCCAGGAGCGACCUUGCUCUCCAGAUGGAAACCCUGCAGGAAGCUGCGCGCCUUGUGACAUCCAACUCAGCCAAGAGAGCAGUCAUCAAUCUCGCGCUGCUUGUCUCUGGCGCACUUACACUACUGCCGUUUGCAAUCGUUUCUUCUGCUUUAUUCUUCCGGAAUUUCGUACCCGACCUGGCUCUAACAAGGCCCAUCUAUCUUCAAUAUGGGUCGGGAAUCAACCCUUACGGCCUCACGUCUCUAUCCUCGCCGGCGUUGAAGGCGGACCAAGAAUACGAUGUUGCGAUAACGCUGUCGAUGCCGCGAUCGAGUCCGAACACCGAACGAGGGAACUUUAUGGUCUCGCUACACCUGCUCGACAAUGAUGUGUCGCCGUUGCUACACGAAGCGGCGAGGUCAUUUGCUGACGAACACGAAAGCUUCGGACCGUUCAAGAUUCUUCACAGCUCGAGGCGACCGACACUCGUCCCAUAUGUCGACCCGAUUGUGUCAAUGGGCUCGCGCGUGCUAUUCUUCCUGUGGCACCUGCUCCUGCGCGGACUCAGGUGGCUCAUGCAUCAAUACCGCCUGCCCAUGUACAUCAUGUUGACCGUCACAUUCUGGGCGGCCGAGAUCUUCUUUAUGACCAUUGCAUGGGGCUUCAUGUCUUCAGCUUUGGGAGUCCGGUCGAAGGACGAGGAUUACAAGCCCCUCGGCCAAGGAGAAAAGGCAGCUGCCCUCGAAAAGACCGAGGAUGACGGGAAAGAUAGUCUGUCAGAUCAUGCGCAUACCUUUCCCACGUAUGGACGUCAGCGUCCCCUCAAGUACGAGCCAGAGGUCAAGGCGGAAGACCCAUAUGAACAACCUUUGUCGGAAGUCCCGGCUGCGGGCGCAGAAGCGGAUGAUGAAGAUGACGAGGAUGAUGAUAGGAAGAGAUUUGUAGACUCUGGAGUUGGCACUAGCUUCAGUGAGGCAGGGAGCACAUCGAUGCGAAGGCGGGCUAGUCGGCAAGGUGAAGGCGUCCAGCGAUGAAGCAGAAUGGGAGCUGAGUGCAGAGUGACCAGAAUGCGACCAUGUCAUUGUGAUACGUAGGGGCAUGACCAUUGUUUGACGAUCAUUUGAACUGCGCUCCGAUUUGUCAUUGAGUAGCGAUGUUUCGAGUAUCGUGAUAGUCUGCCGCAAACCAUGACGAUGUGAGUUAUUGGAGCUCAGUUAUACUGGUUGUCAGCCAGUCGCCUUUGAGUCCGAUUGUUCCUUGCAGCGUGCCUCAAGAUCCACAGUGCAAGCACUGAAUAGCAAAGCGACAUAUUGCCGAAGCCGCAGGAAAUAUGCACGCUUUUGACGCGAAUUUCAGCAAGAACCUGUGAAUGAUUCAUUUGUUGGGGUCACGACGGGAAUGCUGUGCUGUCACUGCAGUUGACUGUUUGGACCCAGCCGCCUUUUGUCGAUCCACAAGGCUCGAUGGCAAUCUGACUUACCUGGUACACUGCACAGCACUUUGUACGCACCACGCG